AUGGCUCCCAAGACGUUUUAUGCUGUCAUUGCUGGCGUCGGUGCUGGCACCGGCCGCUCUGUUGCCCUCAAAUUUGCAAAGAAAUAUCCCGUGGCGCUGCUGGCACGCAAGCCGGAGAGCUACCAAAGCAUCGUGGCAGAGAUCGAGAAGGCUGGAGGAACAGCCAUUGGCAUCUCCACCGAUGUCACGGACCAGAAGUCGGUCGAGGCUGCCUUUGUCCAGCUGAAGAAGGAGGAGCCAUUUGCCAAAAGUGGUCUUGCGGCUGCUGUGUACAAUGCCAGCGGCGCCCUUGGCCAUCGCACUCCGUUCCUGGAGACGACCAUCGAGACAUUCGAUCUGGCUCUGGCCGUGAAUCCCCGUGGGCUCUACUUCUUUGCCCAGAGCGCGCUGCCACUGCUGCUUGCAUCCGUGCCAGACUCGCCUAUCCCACCGACGCUGGUCGUCACCGGUGCCACGGCGUCUAACCGCGGCAGCGCCCGGUUCAGUGCCUUUGCUGCCGGCAAGUUCGCCGUCCGCGGACUCACCCAGUCGCUGUCGCGGGAGUUCCAUCCCCAGGGUGUGCACGUCGCUCAUGUCAUAAUCGAUGCCGUCAUCGACAUUCCGCGUACAAAGGCCUACGCUGUCAACAAUGGUGCACCAGACGGAAAACUGAGCCCCGAUGCGAUCGCCGACGAGUACUGGCACCUCCAUAACCAGCAUCGGUCCGGCUUCACGCAGGAGCUUGAUCUGCGUCCGUACGUGGAGAAGUUUUAG